AUGGCUCCGAUAACACCUCCCCCGGCAGCUAGCAGCACUGAGACUCAAGCAUCCUCUACAAGUGCUAAUGAGGAGGAGGACAGACCAUACGAGGUGCUCAUCACCGGCUUCGGUCCCUUUGGAAAGACACUCGUAAACCCUUCCUGGUCCAUAGCAACCCAGCUGCACGAUGUUACCCUCUAUCCUCCGGUUCCCCCGCCGAGUCCCAAGCGCAAUAUCCAUAUUCAAAGUCUGAACCUGCCCGUAUCAUACGCGAAUACUCUCGAUGCAGUGCCACGGAUCCAUGGUCAAGAUCCUACCUCGCCCUACGCGAAGAGGGACAUCGACGAGAGGGGACCCACGGACGGCGCUCAGGGGGAUGGAGCGCACCCAUACCCCUCGGGGUACGCUCCACGCCUGCAUCAUCCCGCAGCAGGGUACGAUUUGGUCAUCCACAUCGGUGUAGGCCUCAAUGGUGGUGUACGAGUGGAAAAGCAGGCACACAAGGAGGGCUACAAGAAGCGAGAUGCCUUUGAGCGGGAAGCUCCCCCGUCUGAUCACCCCCGCCACUACCAGUCUGGUUCAGAUUGCGGGUCAUCAGCUACAAAAGCAAAAGGGCCCUUCUCCUUUCUCCACUUCCUCCUCUUCUUCUUCCUCUCCACCUUACAAGCAUCCUCACUCUCGUUUUACUCCUCCUUCUUCCAAGAGGGGGGUGGAUUUGGAAAGGGGUACGAGGACUUUAAGGAUGUAUGCAAGACGACGAUUGAUGUGGAUGGGCUGGUAGCUAUGCUCGAGGCGCGCGGGUGUGGUCCCGUGUCUGCCUCGACUGAUCCAGGCAGGUAUCUUUGUGACUUUACAUACUACUGCUCUCUAGCCGAGUCACGUCGUGCUACUGUCUCUUCCUCGACUGGGAAUGAAAAGGAUGGAGGUAGCAUAGACGGUGCGCCAAGCAAGCAGCCUGAAACACAGGUCUUGUUCAUUCACGUCCCUCAGGUCGGCCAGCCUCACUCGGUCGAGGAUGGUAGGAAGAUUGUAGUACAGGCCAUCGGGUGGAUCCUCUGGGGACGGUGA